GCUCUGCAGGAGUCGUUGAAACGAACGUGCGAGUCUCGUGUGCGUUUUUAGUGAUGUGUGUGUCAGCUGCCCUCUGCUCGCCUCGAGCAACAGGCGACUAAAUGUCUUGUCACCAAGGGUUGCGUCUCCGCACCUAGCGCGAGCUCCUAACCAUGUGCAAGCUGAGGUUUGCACACUGGCAGUUAGUUUUCGGUUGUGGCUGUUCUUUCCUGUUAAGCUUACCACUUUCCCGUCGCCGAACUAACGAGUCACCUCUUCUCCAUGUAUAUUUUCUCGCACAGCUGGACUAAAUCUGCAGAAGAACAGAAGGAAUUGUAAUGUGUUGCUAUAGUUUGUUGAAGCCACACCACCGUGUUUCCUGAUUGAGCAUGUUAAAAAAUAAGGAUUGUUCAUCUACAAAAGGUAACAUAGCAGUCACUGCAGUUGCCUUACAGGACCACAUUUUACAUGAUCUUCAACUUGGACAUCUCUCAGUAGCAGAUCCUUGUAAGACAAAAGUGCAGAAGAAUGAGAACAAGUCAAAGUCUCUCAAGAGAGACAUAACAGCUGUAAUAGAUACCAGGAUUAGAAAAACUACAGAGGCCCCCAAAGUGCAAGAUCCAGAAAAGGAAUAUGUUCUAGAUCCCAUGCCACCACCACUAACUUUAGCCCAGAAACUGGGCAUCUUGCCACCUCCUCCAUUGCCGCUGUCGUCAGACGAAUGGGAGAGAGUGAAGCAGAGAUCCCUCCUGCAAGGGGACUCCAUGCAGCCAUGUCCAAUAUGUAAAGAAGAAUUUGAGCUCCAGCCCCAGGUGCUGCUCUCCUGCUCACACGUGUUCCACAAGGCAUGCCUUCAGGCUUUUGAAAAGUUCACAAAUAAAAAAACCUGUCCCCUCUGUAGAAAGAACCAGUAUCAAACCAGAGUGAUACAUGAUGGGUCCCGCCUGUUCAGAAUAAAGUGUGCCACCAGAAUCCAAGCCUACUGGAGAGGGUUCAUCGUUAGAAAGUGGUACAAAAACCUGAGGAAAAUAGUCCCUCCUACGGAUGCCAAGUUAAGAAGAAAGUUCUUUGAGGAAAAGUUCACAGAAAUCAGCCACCGAAUCCUGUGCUCAUACAACACCAACAUAGAUGAACUCUUCUCAGAAAUCGACCUCUGCUUGGCUGUAAAUCGUAGCAUUCUUCAGCAGUUAGAUGACAGGUGUGGCCAUGAGAUGACUGAGGAGGACUGGGAGAAAAUCCAAGUGCAGGCUGCUCACCGGGAGAUCUAUGAGUGUUCCAUCUGCCUGACUCCACUCUCCCUCCAUGCUGACUGUCAACAAGCAGCUGUAGAAACCAGCAGCCAGCGUCCCCGAAAGACAGUCCUCCUGUCCUGUGCACACCUGUUCCACCAUGCCUGCCUCCUGGCCUUGGAGGAGUUUUCCUUGGGAGACAAUGCCCCUUUCCAUGCCUGUCCUCUCUGCCGCUCCUGUUACCAAAAGAAAAUUCUUGAAUGCUGAAUUUAUGUUCAGGAAGUUAAGACUAGAACUACAAAGGGGGUAAAAAGCCUACCUUGGUUUUUGAUGAGUUGUAUGAGUUUUGGGUUGUGUACUACACUGCUGUCUGUCCUUUGUGAUUAUACAAAGGAAAUAUAAGGACCCAUCUAACUGUAGUCUUUAUUAUAUAAAAAGUAUUUUGUGCAUUUGUGAGUUUAGUCACUUGAAAUAAAUGAGGAAUAGUGUUACUCAAAA